GUCCAUGACGGAGGUGUGUACGGUGGCGAAGGGAGGGGGGAAGAAACGCAGGAGGGAGAAGCUGGCUGCUGGUGGUGAAGAUGGCGGAUGGAGACAGUGGGAGCGAGCGCGGUGGCAGUAGUGGUGGCGGAGGGGGAGCCGGCAGCGGGUUCCAGCACUUCCAGCGGGAGCAGGAGACCCAAGAGCUGGCCUCCAAGCGCCUGGACAUCCAGAACAAGCGCUUCUACCUGGACGUGAAGCAAAACGCGAAGGGCAGAUUCAUCAAGAUCGCCGAGGUCGGAGCCGGGGGCUCCAAGAGCCGCCUGACCCUUUCCAUGUCAGUGGCCGCGGAGUUCCGCGACUACCUGGGGGAUUUCAUUGAGCACUACGCCCAGCUGGGGCCCAGCAGCCCGGAGCAGAUCGCGCAGUCCUCGGGCGGCGAGGACGGCGGGCCCCGCCGCGCCUUGAAGAGCGAGUUCCUGGUGCGGGAGAACCGCAAAUACUACCUCGACCUCAAGGAGAACCAGCGGGGGAGGUUCCUACGGAUCCGGCAGACCGUCAACCGCGGCCCUGGGUUCGGGGUAGGCGGGGGAGGCGGCCCGGGGGGCAGCAUGCAGGCCGGGCAGACCAUCGCCCUCCCGGCUCAGGGCUUGAUCGAGUUCCGAGACGCCCUGGCCAAGCUGAUCGAUGACUACGGCGGGGACGAUGAAGAGCUGGCCGGCGGCGGAGGGGCCGGGGGCUACGGCGAGCUGCCCGAGGGGACGUCCAUCAUGGUGGACUCCAAGAGGUUUUUUUUCGACGUCGGGUCCAACAAAUACGGGGUGUUCCUGCGGGUCAGCGAGGUGAAGCCCAGCUACAGGAACUCCAUUACUGUGCCCUACAAAGCGUGGAGUAAGUUCGGGGGCGCCUUUUGCCGCUACGCCGAGGAGAUGAAAGAAAUCCAGGAGAAGCAGCGGGAUAAGAUGUACGAGAGAAGGGGAGACGAGUCGGAAGGCGAGGACGUAGAUGACGACUGAUGUAGAUGAUUUAAAAAGGCAGCGAGAAGCAUAGUACCAUGACGCAAAACGCAGAAAUAAUACAUAAGAAAGAAUAUUACGUGCAUGACGAAUCGAACAUUAAUACUAAAAACAAAUAUCGUGGAGUUGAGUACAUUUGACUGAGAAAUAUUGUCGUGUAAAAGAAAAAAAAAAGCUUACUCAAAAGUUUUAUUGGGAUUCGCAGGAGGGGGGAAAAAAGUUUUCGAGAGUAAAAUGAGACGUUCUCGUUUUGGGGGUAGUAUUGGGGUAUCUCUUUUUUUUUUUUGUCACAAGCGCAAAGAAAAACGCCCUUUCUCUCUUGUAAACCAGCAACUCGGUUUUCACAGCCCGCUUGCGAGACAGCGGGUUUAUGAAACCUUUAUUUUUUCUUUGGAAAUCUUUUAAAAAAAGAUAAAAUAAUUAACGGAAUUCACCUGGACCCGCACACGUCAACGCUAUAAUGUUUUUAAAUAUGUAGCCACAUACAUGUUAUUUAACUCAAAACAACAACAAACAGACCAGCAUCCAUCGUAUUACUGUUUUUACACGGUCUUGUCUGGUUGUAGGCAGGGUUUUUAAUAUUUUUAUAAAAUCCAGAUAUGAGGAGUCCGUAGGGACUUCGCAGUCCGCCAGAAUCAGUGACAGUUUGUGGACUUUAAAAUGAAGCGUCAAAUUUGGGGGAAACGGGCUUUUAAACACGACGGGAGAUGAGGCGAAGUUUUAGGAACCUGUUACUGUGAAUCAAUCAUUCUCUGUCGACGGUGCACCUGUAAAGAUACAGCGCCUUGAUCAAACUGGAAUAAGACGCCAGGCUGCGGCUAUGGGGGUGGGGAGAUAAGGCGUUUCUUUUGUACAAUUCCAUUAAAACUUAGUUUUCCAGCUUUGACCGUCCACAUCAGGUAUCCAGUUCACGAGAGGGCGCUAAACAUGUAACAGCUUUCUUUUUUAGGAAAGGUGUGUGUGUGUAUAUAUAUAUAGCUAUACGUUUCCCGUUUGGUUUCUCCCAGGAUGUUAUCGUGAACGGGGAGACAGUCCCUGCGGGAAAAUCUAACGCGAUCCUAAUGGGACGGCCUGCUGCGUGUCACCCAGGUGGGGGCUAUGCGUCCUUCAGGGAUGCAAAGCGCUGUAGAAAUGCAGGAGUCGCCCGGUCGAGGCGUGCGCAGAUCGAGCAGCAGAGAGCGGCGCGCUGCGCGGCGUGUUUACUGGUGCGUGUGAGGGAGGAGGGGGGCUUGUGGCGAGUCGUCUUAGGCUGCAGUUGUGAAAGAAUUGCCGAGGCGAGAGAGCGCGGAGUCGCCUGGCCCUGCAGUCCAAGAUAUCUCCUCGAGUUGCUGACACACGGAGAGCGGCUUACUGUUUUAUUCCUGGAGUUCAGGACAGCGGCGUCUUAUCGGGGUGGGUGUGGGGGUUGGGGAUGCCGCGCUAGUUUUUGUUCUGAAGGGAUGCACCUGUCAACACGGCGAUCUGACAUCGACAACCGGCUUUGGAGCUGAAAUCGCGGGGCCACGAUCAGUCGUUCUUUUACUUCAAGAAGUGUGAGGAGGAGACCAUUUGGAAUAGGAGGAGGAGAGGAAAAAAAACGUUUCCACGUCUGAACACCACGGAGUGUUUUUGUGUUUUGGGGGCAGCAAUGCAUGGCUGGAUGGUUUUAAAAAAAAAAAAAAACUAUAUGGAAAGAAGGUUAUGCUUAAAAAAAUCUUUGAACAAACCAGCAGAGAAGAAAAUAUUUUUUAACUAAAUGGGGGGGGAAAAAUUAUAUGAAUUACAGAAUUAUAAGGCUUGCAAAACAGGUUUAUUUCACGCUGGGAUGCUGAAGAUUCGUCCAGGAGUAUUUAAGUUUUAUUUUAGUUUUUUUUUUGUUGUUGUUUCCAAGAAAGAAUGGAAGAGUUUAACCUUAUUAGAGAAGUACUGACUGUGUACUUCAGAGAUCAGAUCACUUGUCCCUGCCCUCCCUUUCCCUAUGAAUACAAACCUGUUCUUUUUAUGUGAUUGUCAAUAUUACUCCCUGGCUUGGAAGUGAGUAGUUCACUAUUCAUUCCAAAGUUUUCUGUAUUAAGUUAGCACAAGCUUUAACAGGAGGGCAUAUAUACAUGUCUCCAGUGGUCCUUAAGUAUUUUAAAUUGUGCAUGCCUGUUCCAGUUUGGAGCUGCCUUGUGUUAAUUUAUUGCAUAUUAUAAUUACUGUAUGUUGGUAUUAAUCAGUUCUAGACCUUUUUUUAGUUUUAUUUUGUAAAAAAAAAAAUAACAUGACAACAAUAAGAGCUAAGAAAGUUUACCACGCAACAUCCAGCAGUUGUGAUGUCCUUAGUUUUGUUUCCCAGUUUCAGUGGAGAUAGCCCUUCCAGAAUCUGCUUUGGUAGACUGCGUUAAGGUGAAUCAGUUAACGAAUGGAUUUCUGACACAGAUUAGCACAGGGGUCCCUGUCCUGGCACCAGGUGCACACCUGCCAGUUUCCACCAUGCCCGAAUCCAGAACCCCACGGACCACGUGCUUGAUUAAAACCUUCGCCGGGGGCGUUUCCCGCCCGAAAAGAUCAGCGAUUUCGAAGCCACUCCAGGACAGCAGGUGUAAAAGGCUGCCUCUGGCUCUUCAGGAACUGACAGCAUGAAUUUGGAUUAAGUGCAUGUCUGUCAAGGGUUCGAUAAUUUCCAUCCGCACCCAGGUGGAACCAAAGCCUGCAGGUGUGUGGGUCCCCAGUACCGGGACAGGGAACCCCUAGAUUAGAGUGUUUAGUGUUAAUUUGUUUGCCACGUGUCAUCUGUUGCACUUUAAAAAAAAAAAAGAACAACCUUCUUUAGCUCACUGUAAACAGUACAUUUUUAGCUUGAUGUGAACUUUGUUUUUAAUUUUAAUUUUACUCUUCUCCACAGCAAAGAAUUUGUCCUAAAACCGUAUGGGAGCAAUAGUGUCCUUUUUUAAUUAUAUAUAUGAGUUAACUACAUCCUUAUUCCUGUACUGUGUUAUGUGAUAUGGCAGCUGUUUCCAGUCAUGUGUGUUCUGCUGUAAUAUUCUAUCUAGUUCCUUUUAAUAAUAAAUGAAUAAAAAUUCUUUGCUGAGGAAAAUGAGCGUAAAGGUUUUCAACAAACUUUGGACACGGGAGAAAUGGCAAAGGGUUUGUGAGAGUAAGAAAGGGUAUGAAACUGGUCCCAUGUUGGCUCCAGGGGUUAGGUGCUGCUUUACAGUAAGCACAGGAGCACGUUGGAGCCAACAUGGCUGACAGCGGAGACUGCAGUUUCACGCCUUUUCCUUGCCGCUCGGUGAAUAAACUGUAAUGUACAACCAGCAAACCCUCCGUUUUUUAAGAAUCUGCGAACGAGGCAGCUGUGGCAAUGAUGCUGCGAGCUGACUUUGCUGUAUAUUGCUGUAGGUUUUAAUGUGCAACCAGUUCAAGUAUAGAGAGGCAGUUAUUCCUCGUGUUACAGUGUUUGAGGAUUCAGCUGUGCUCAUCACUCCUGUGAGCUGUGGGACACGUCUGGGAGCUGACUAGUAAACCGAUACCCUCCUGACAAUUGACGAGACAGAGUGGAGGCCUAGCACCGAGCAGCCCUAACUCAGUGUUAAGUGGUCGCUAGUCUAGAAUUGUUUUAACGUUGAAGGAGCUUUUUCUCUCCUGUGCAGUUUGAACUAGGGGAGGCUAUCGAACGCUUUAGGGCUCUUCGGAAUUGGAGCGUGGGGCGUCAAGGGGCUUCGGAAGCCAUGCCAUUCCAGUUGGCUGUUCCUGUGCUUGCUACAGGUUUUAGGCGAAUGGUGAUCAUGUGUUUCACAGCACAUCAGUGACACUGUUUCAGGAGCGUCACAUGAUGCUCGAUUUGAUAUUCAGGUCUUGCCGGUGUCACGAAAGGCAAAAGCGCCCUCCUUUGCGCCUGCACAGCAUGGCUGCCACUCCCUUCCAAGACCUAUUCUGCUCAAAGCAUUGUAUCUUAGUGCAUGAUGUGUGGGGUGUCUGGAAAGCAUAUUAAAGUGGUUUCUUUCUUAUUUUUGUGUUGCUGCUGAGGUUUUCUGCAGAGCUGUGACUGGACAGGUAGCCGAAGCAUUCCCAUCUCCACACUACCCCCCCCCCCCACUGCUCAUUGUGCCUCACCCACCCGGCGGGGAACACCAGUAGGUUUGCCCAUCAGUCCUUCGAAUAGCAAGGAAAAUGCUCUGCCGGUAUAAGUGGUGAUGAGCUUUGCGCUACCAGUUCACCCAAGGGAAUCUGAGUUUUAGCAGCUGUCCUGCAUUAUAAGCUCUGGAACAAGCAUAGGAGCCGGUUUGAAACCACAUGAAACAUUUCUUUUGGCAAAGUUAUUUUACACUUUUUUUUUUUAUAAGGAGCUGUUUUUUCUGUCCACCCAAUAUGCUGUGUUAUGACUGUAGGAGUGUGUUUUCAUGCCAACCAGAGCAAGGCAAGUGAGGUGUGGGGAGAGGGCGGUAGGUUCCUGUUUGCUUAUGUCUUGAUGCUUUAAGGCCUUCUAGGAUGUGACUCAUUCCGCAGAUUCGCUGCGAUUACAGGCAGACCAUUUCUGAUAUUUUUAUUUAAUAAAAGAAAGCAGUCUUGGGAUUGUGAUUAACACUUUCUUGGAAGCGAUAGGCCAUUCUGAUGGUGCCACUAAAGCGGAGAGGGAAUUUCUGUAUCUCCUGUAUUUGUUAACUCGUAUUCGUGAGGAAGGCUCGUCCGUGCUGCCUCUGGAAUAUGUGCAGGGACUAGUUAGAGGGCGGGAUGUGAGCUACGUAAGUGUGAGUGCAAGCGUCUGCGAUAGCUUUGCUUUUGAGUGUGUGGGGUAUCGCAAAGAAGACAAAACCUGCCAGAAACAGUUGAUCUUUUAGGAGGUGAGGUUGUAGCGAAUGUUAUGCAAAAAGGCUUUAUGGUUCAUUCGAGGGCUGCGGUGAACAAACAGUGGUGGGAAAGCCAGUGGACAGAAUCUGGAAAUGAUCAUGCUGAAUUUGAAGGAAUGAAACUUUCCUUUCACUGUGUCUGGCCAACGUUCUGUCCUCUCGCCUCAUGAAAUCGGCAGAUGACAAGGUAGAACCCUUUGAGGAGGCUAUCAUAUAGGCUGGUGUAUGUGGCUGAAGCAUUGGAACCGGUUCACCCUAAAGUUUCGUUAAGCACCUAAGACGAAUCCAUGCCAGCUUUCUGUUUAACUCAAUUGAAUUUAAGUUUAAGUUUGUUGAAAAUGAACCGAAAGAUUUAGAAUUGUGCUUUUUUGCUUCAGCGCGCUGGCAAAAGUUGUAAUAGUCCGCAUGCUUUGUGAUGCACUAUUUGUGCGUGCAAAGGAGAGGGCCAUGGAUUACCUGCAGAUAAGGUGGGAUAUGUAUGCGCAAGUGAGUAAGAAAGUCCGCACAUCUAGGCUGCUUGUUCUUGAAUUGAUCAGCACUGCUUGCUGAGAGCUGGAGACAUGUGCUUUGCAUUGGCAGCUGGGUCUCCCCAGUCGUGUGCGUCACUCUCUGAUGGAUUGGGGGGGGCUCUUCCCCUGCCUUUGUGGCUGAAAUGGGAUGUUUCAUAGGGUGGGGGAGAGACGGGUGUCUUGAGGGCUCUUUCUCAUUCCGUGGCGCUCCUGUGUCUGAGAGGGUGUGUGUCGGCGUGCUUUGGUGCUGGAAUCCGGAGGCAGCUGCUGUGUGCCUGGGUUGACAGCUGUGACAGUGACCUCCUGCACGGCUGUUGCGAUUCUGUCAGUGCCGGUAACAAGGGGGGCAGCAGGCGGUGGGGGGGGGGUGCUUUGUGUUACACUAGGGCUCCUGCUGUAAGUCUGGGAUCAGAGGAUCUGCUGCUCUCUCCAUGGGCCGUUAGCAGGGAAUGUGUUGAGCAUCACGUUCAGUUGUGCUGUUUGCAGUUUGUGAGUAGAGAAUUUGCAUAUUAUGAUUUUAUAGCAAUAAUAGUGGUGGAUUCUUUUGCAGAGUGAAAAGGAAGGUUAAUCACAGUCAGGCAGCUUGAAAUGUUAGCCAGUGGGUAAUUGGGUUGGAAAUAGCUGUAAAAGAAACAGGAUUAAUUGCUGCUUUUCUUUUGUUAGGAGUAGCAUUGGAUCUUAAGAGGAACCCUGGCUUUGGGAACUUGCUGUUUUCCAUCCGUGCCCAAGCUGUCUGUAAUCUCCCGUGGUUGCCCAGGGGUAGGGUGGCACAGCUAUGCAGUGGAGCUACAGCCAUUCCAGUAGGCUUGUUACAUUGUCGCAUUCAAAGCUGCUGUUUUUCUUAAAAGUGAAAGUUACGACAGGUACUUGCCCUUUGGUCUUGCACAGUGUUGAAGCGAUCGACAGAAUAAAAACACCCUUUCACUUCAAAAAAACAUAAUUUCUGUGAAUGCAUAUCUUCUUAAAAGAGCAAUUGUGAGCUUGGCCCCAUCUCGAUCGCAAGCAGACCGGUGCCUGUCCAGCAGUGGGAACGAGAGCUGAGGAUCUGGAGGUUUCCGUGCGCUACCUCAACGCAGCUGUCUCAGAGGCAGAGUUUCAUCAGGGUCGAACAUUGUCACCUCGUGUCUUAAAAUGAGCCUACUGCCCAAGCUAUACAGUAACUGCAUCUCAAUGCUGCGCGUCAUGUGGGCAUGGUGUCCAUGCCUUGGCUGGACGCUGUAUCUCAGUGGCCACCUGAGUGGAAGAGCACCGGAGCUUGAGUUCGCCGAUGGAGUGGAGGUGACUGAGCAGUUUCCAAGCUAGCUCUCAAAGAGUGCCGAGUGUGUUAGAGGGUGGAGUGUGGUAACGCCGAAAUCUUGAGUUAUUUAAAGCCCUUUCCGUGGCGGACUGUCUGCAUUGUGCAAGGUUCUCCCAUCAGGAGAUUCGGAGAGGGGGCAGCCUGGAGGGCUGGGGUGGGUGCUGUUUCUGGAAUGAAUGCAAGAGGAUAAUCAUUGGGGCCCAAAAGCAUCCUGUUUUUUUUUUUAGUUCUGUGCUGCCUCUUGUGUCGUUCCAGGCUUGGAACGCCUAGGUUAUUGCCUCUUCCCAGGAGGACAAAAUCUGGGGUGUUGGGAGGAACGAACAACUGUACAAAGAAAAAUGCCAGCACCCAAAAGCACUUGAGUGAUGCUUGGUCAUAGGGAUAGGCCCCUGUUGCAGAAAUACCAUACCUGCCAGUCCUGUGCUUCUGCACGGCUUUGUUACAGCUGGCUUUUUAACUUAAUUAAAGUUUAUAAAGAAGGAGCUGCACUGGGCUGGAUCUCGACCAGUUGCCCUUUCAUCCUGGCAGCCUGCUGAAGGUGCACUCAAUCUGUCAGUGUCUCCCCUGCUCGGAAAAGAACAUCCUCCCAGAUAAAGUGGUGGAAAAAGCUUUUGUUAAAAUCCCAAUGAAAUUCCUCCUGUUUUCCUUCCAGCUGGGAAGUUCCCAAUGAGAGCUGUGUGCCCUGAAAGCCGAUCUUGAAUGGCAUAAAAGGCAAAUCUAAACGGUAUCAAAAUAUUUGCAAAAAAUGCUGAUGGUUAUGGCGGCACUUUGUAAACUGCACAACCUGGAGGGCAGUGUUUUAGUGUUAUUUCAAAGAAGUACAUUUUGGGGAAAAAAAGCACAUUAAAAGUACUGAGGUUAACUUGGAAGAGCUCGGUCCCAGUGAAGUACAUGAGAGGUUGAGUUCUUAUGGUCCUUCCAGGCCAAUCCCAGUCUCCCCAGCUCACAGGACUGCGGGCACAACACCGUGGUUGGAAGGACAGCGAGGAGGGCGCUGGGCACGGGCCUCAGACUUACCACUAGCCAGCUAGCCCCCUGGAGCAGACCACAAGCCCUGCUAGUUGGCGAUCCUUUUACUAGCAACAUUUUUGCAAAUGGAGUUUUACAGUCUAUAUUUAGAAAUGUAAUGUAUGUUUUUAUCAAAUAAAGAAACCUAUAAUUAAUGAAAGCAUAAUACUAUUCA